UGGUCCAAUAAUUAUUAACCUGUGGCAAGAUCUUGUUGAAAUAUAUGAUUUAAGAACAAUAAUGAGACAAAAGGAUAAUGCCUUGUUUGCCACGAGUUUAAACCUGAUAAGGGAAGGCAAACAAAUAAAGCAAGACAUGGACAUGUUAAUAGCAAAACUGAAUGAAAAUGAGAAUAGGAGUGAACACAUUCACUUGUUCAGCUCUAAUGCUCUUGUAGAUGAUCACAACAUAAUAAAAACUGGAAAAAGUUCCACAUCUGUAGCUCUUGAUUAUGCUGUAGGAAAUUUUCCAGCAAGUAGCAAAAUGGCUGUGCUGUCAAUUGCUAGAGAUCUCGAACCUCAGAAUUCAAGAAUAAACCCCGUGUUUCUAUAAAACAUGGUGAGAUGCAUUAACACUGGGUACAACGCUUUAUAAUUUUAACAUAAUUUAAAUAGAUUUUUUUUUGAAAAAAACAUUUUACUGGAAACAUGCUUUACAUACAGUUGACACAUGUCAACAGCAAAAUUCACCCCUUCGUGAAAACAUCGGAUCUGUAACUACAUCUAUCUACAUUUGCCGUGUCUGGAUAUCAUUAUAAUACAGAAAAUCUGGCAUUUUCUUUUUGAUAUUUUUCCUAUAAAGAUCGUUUUUGCUUGCUUGCCAAAAUGUUGCAAAGUCACGUCUUUAAACUUAAGUUAGAAAGUGACUCAAAUAGCCAAAAGGUGAUGGAGAAAUGUAGAGCAGAAGGAAUUGAUUAUGAGGUAAAAAGUUUUUAUAAUUUUAUUUGAUUGAUUUUCGGCCAUUUCAUAAUUUCGUUUAUUUGGAAUGAUGAAUGCCAUAUGAUGAUUUAAUCUUUAUAAUUCCAUACAAUUAUUUUUGCAAUAUCAUACAGUACAGUAUUAAUUAUUUCAAUCAUCACUGUUCUUAAAUAAUAAUAGAUUAAACAAAAAGUUCCUUUUGAAAAGGUUUAUAGGGUGACAUACUGUUUCUAACCUCAAAAAUAACUUUAUUUGCAUACUUUGCUUGACUCAUGUUUUUUUAUUGACUGAUAAAGGACAGUGCUUUCCAAUUUAAGACAAUCAGAAUCAUUUAAUUGACCAUGAAUAUGCUCUAUAUCAUUGCAAACAAGAUUUCAUUCCUGUGUGAUCAAGGAAUGGUGUAUUUGGUUAAACUAGAUAAUCAGGUGCUGGUUUUGCUAGGUCGUACAUUGAACAUUGGAUAUAAAAUUGAAAACUGUUCUGGUCUUUCCACAGAAUCGUCUAGUGAAAAAGUAAUAUGUGAAGUUGAUGAUGAUGAGGAGGAUCAGGAUCCAACGUAUGUUCCUGAUGAAAAUGAUUCUAUAUCUGACUCAGAAUCAGAACCAGAUUCUGCCAGUGAUAUAUAUCCAGUGCUUACUGAAGAUGCUUCAGAAUCGUCUAGUGAAAAAGUAAUAUGUGAAGUUGAUGAUGAUGAGGAGGAUCAGGAUCCAACGUAUGUUCCUGAUGAAAAUGAUUCUAUAUCUGACUCAGAUUCUGCCAGUGAUAUAUAUCCAGUGCUUACUGAAGAUGCUUCAGAAUCGUCUAGUGAAAAAGUAAUAUGUGAAGUUGAUGAUGAUGAGGAGGAUCAGGAUCCAACGUAUGUUCCUGAUGAAAAUGAUUCUAUAUCUGACUCAGAACCAGAUUCUGCCAGUGAUAUAUAUCCAGUGCUUACUGAAGAUGCUUCAGAAUCGUCUAGUGAAAAAGUAAUAUGUGAAGUUGAUGAUGAUGAGGAGGAUCAGGAUCCAACGUAUGUUCCUGAUGAAAAUGAUUCUUUAUCUGACUCAGAAUCAGAACCAGAUUCUGCCAGUGAUAUAUAUCCAGUGCUUACUGAAGAUGCUUCAGGUAAAUUUAGAAACAGUAUAUAUUAUCCUGUAACAUGAUAGCUUGCAGAAUCAUGUCUGUUUCAACUGGUCUGUUGGUAAUCUUUUUAGCUCAUCUGUCACGUAGUGACAAGGUGAGCUUUUGUGACCUCAUGUUGUCUGUCCUGUGUCCGUGCGUGUGUCAUUGCGUCAACAAUUUCUUUAUACAACAUCUCCCCCUAAACCAAUUGGUGGAUUUUGAUCAAACUUCACAGGAAUGACCCUUGGGGAAGCUCUACCAAAUUUGUUCAAAUCAUGACACCCCCCCCCCAAGUCAAAUUGGCCCAGCCCUGGUGCUAAUAAUUUUUAAACAAGAGGGCCAUGAUGGCCCUGAGGUCGCUCACCUGU